CUUUUGCAACGCCCCUCUUGCACUCACUCCCCCCGUGCUCUCUUCGCCGAAACAUCCCACCAAUCCCCCGCCUCUGCUUCCUGUCGCCGCUCGCUCUGCUCCCCGCCCGAUGGAGUUCUCCCGCCGCGGCCCAGCCACCGACGACCCUCCGCCGCACGGGGAGGCAAUGCUGGUGAUGAGGGACGCCCUGCUGUGGCAGCUCCAGAAGGACCGCCUUCGCCAGGAGAUCAUCGUGGCCGAGCUGGCCAAGAUAGAGUGCGCCACGGCCCUGCGCGCUGUGUCCGGUCACCACGGCACGCCAAUGCCCCGGGACAGCAUGCCGCAGCACAGAGGGCCCGUCUUCGGCUGGGAACACUACGCCGACGUGGGUGAGGAAAAUGAUGUGAAGCUACCAAGCAACUAUGGAAGGCAGAGUGCAGAGUCCAGAUUUUGGAACCCCGCCGUGGAAGAUCGCGCAGAAAAAUGCUGCAGCCCGUGCAAAUGCAGGGUUAAUUCGGGUGAACAUAACUCGGCAUUUGAUGAACAGAAACCGCGAGAUUCCAGUGAGAAUGUUCCUCCAGAUAAAGCGUCGCCUGCGGAGAAGUGGGAACUGACAGGAAUAACCAUACCAGUUAAGAAGCCGAAGCCACCCAUGAGCCCCAGAAAAAGAAAGAAGCCACCCACAAGAUGGAUUUGCCCGGUGUGCCAGGUACAAGUAAACUCUGCGCAGAAGCAUUGUGCUGGGAAGAAGCACCAGUCAAAUAUAGCAACAUUGGAAUCAAACAUUAAGGCCAUCGGUUAUCAGAAGAUCCGGAAGCCACCUUUAGCAGGUUGCAGCAUUUGUCAAGUUAUGUGUGGCAGCGAAUCAAAUCUUGAGAUCCACCUGACGGGUAAAAGGCACUUAAAGAAGAUUCAAGCUCUAUUCGAAGAAAGCAAUAACAAGGCAAUCAAUUCUGAGUCUCUAAAAGCAAACUUGAACCCGGACAGCGGGCCGCUACAUGUGGAGAAAAUGAACUGUGACUUAGACUCAGAGAACCACCUCAGAGAUGAAAGACACAAACUGAAUGUUCCAGAAAUUUCCAAAGAACAAACACCAUCCUCGGAAUGGGAUUGCACUAUGUGCCAGGCCAAAUGUGUCUCUAAAGCCCAUUUCGAGAAUCACUGCAUAAGCAGAAAGCAUCAACAGAGGACCCAGGUGAUACUCAGUGAAGGCGAUAUCACGAAAACGGGCAGGACCCAUGUGAUACUCAGCGAAGGCGAUGUCACGAAAAUGGGCAAUCUCCACAUGGAAGCAUCAUGCAAAGAAGGCAGUAACAACGAUAUGACAAAGAACAUUGCGUCACAGGAAGCAAAAUCGGAUGAGAGCAAUGUGCCAGAGCAUGCAGAGAAACCACCUUCAGCACAGAGUUGCAACAUUUGCCAAGGUAUCUGUAACUGUGCACCAGAUUUUGAUAUGCCACAACAUGUAGAGGAUAUUAGUUGCAAAUUAAACUGGGAGAGCUACCCCAGGCUCAGAGACCAGAGUCUCCAACUGAUGGAUGAUUGUGCCCUUCGUGAAAAAUUUAACCAAGAAAAAAGCAAUCCACCAGAAGUUUGCAAGGACCAAAUAUCAUCCUCAGAAUGGGACUGCGCUACAUGCCAGGCCAAAUGUAACUCUGCACCUCAAACCGAGCAUCACUGUAAAAGCGGAAAGCAUCAACAGAAGAUCGAUGUGACACUCCAUGAAGGCGAUAUUGCCGAAGUUAGCAGUCUCAGUGCAGCCCCAUGCAAAGAAGACAAUAACAGUCAUAUGGACGUUGCGCCAUGGGAAGCAAAAUCGGAUGAGUGCAUUGUGUCGCAGCAUGUAGAGAAGCCACCUUCAGUAUGGAGUUGCAGCGAUUGCCAAGUUAUCUGUGCCCGCGAAUCAGAUUUUGAGGUCCACCUGAAGCGUGAAAGGCACUUGAUGAAGAUUGGAGCCCUGCUCGAAGUAAGUAAGAACAUGGCAAUUUCCGAGUCACAGAAAGCAAACCUGUACCCGGACAGUGUGCCGCAGCAUGCGGAGAAAAUGAAUUGUGAAUUAGACUUGGAGAACAACCUCAGAGAUGAGAGACACCAACUGAAUGUUCGCUCCCCUUGCAAAGAAAACAACCAAAUGAAAAACAAUCCUCCACAAAUUGUCAAGGACCAAGAACCACCCUCAGAAUGGGAUUGCGCUAUGUGUAAGGACAAAUGUAACUCUGAACCUCAGAUUGAGCAUCAUUGUGAAAGCAGAAGGCAUCAACAGAAGACCGAUGUGACGCUCCGUGAAUGCGAUAUUGCGAUAGUGAACAGUCUCCACAUCACAGCCUUAUGCAAGGAAGGCGAUAACAACAGCACGGGCAUUACACCACAGGAAGCAAAAUCAGACGAGAACAAUGUGCAGCAGCAUGCAGAGAAGCCACCUCUGGCAUGGGAUUGCAGCGAUUGCCUAGUUACGUUUAAUCGCGAAUCAGAUUUGGUGUUCCACCUGAACGGUAAAAGACACUUAAAGAAGUUUUGGGCCCUACUCGAAGAAAGCAAGAAUAAGGCAAUGAAUUCUGAGUCACAGACAGCAAACAUGAACCAGGACAGUGUGCCACAGCAUGCGGAGAAAACAAAUUGCGAACUGAACUGGGAGAGCUACCUCAGACUCAGAGACGAGAAACACCAACUCAAUGUUCAGGCCUGUGAAGCAAUCAACAAAGAUAAAAACAGUCCAGCAAAAAAGGACCAAAUACCGUCCUCGGAAUGGGACUGCGCUAUGUGCCAGGCCAAAUGUAACUCUAAAGCUCAACUUGAGCAUCACUGCACAAGCAGAAAGCAUUGGCAGAAGACCCAGGUUGUACUUGGCGAAGGUGAUAUUGCAAAUGUAAGCAGUCUUUGCCUCGAAGCCCCAUGCAAAGAAGUCAGUAACAACGAUAUGGCGAAGAACAUUGUGUCACAGGAAGCAAAGUUGCAUGAGAAAAAUGUGCUAAAGCAUGCAGAGAAGCCACCUUUAGUAGGUUGCAGCAUUUGCCAAGUUAUCUGUGGCCGCGAAUCAGAUCUAGAGAUCCACCUGAAGGGUAAAAGGCACUUGAAGAUUCGAACUCUUUUCGAAGAAAGCAAUAAGGCUAUCAAUUCUGAGUCUCUGAAAGCAAACUUGAACUCGGACAGCGGGCCGCUACAUGUGGAGAAAAUGAACUGUGACUUAGACUCGGAGAACCACCUCAGAGAUGAAAGACACAAACUGAAUGUUUGGACCCUUUGCGAAACAAUCAACCAAGAGGAAAACAGUCCACCAGAAAUUUCCAAAGAACAAACACCAUCCUCGGAAUGGGAUUGCGCUAUGUGCCAGGCCAAAUGUGUCUCUAAAGCCCAUUUCGAGAAUCACUGCAUAAGCAGAAAGCUUCAAGAGAGGACCCAAGUGAUACUCAGCGCAUGCGAUAUCACGAAAACGGGCAAUCUCCACAUGGAAGCAUCACGCAAAGGCAGGAACAACGAUAUGGCAAGUAACAUUGCGCCACAGGAAGCAAACUCGGAAGAGAGCAAUGUGUCGCAGCAUGCAGAGAAACCACCUUCAGUAGAGAGUUGCAACAUUUGCCAAGGUAUCUGUAACUGCGCACCAGAUUUUGAUAUGCCACAGCAUGUACAGGAAACAAUUUGCAAAUUAAACUGGGAGAGCUACCCCAGAAUCAGAGACGAGAGUCUCCAACCGAUGGAUGAUCGGGCCCUUCGCGAAAAUUUUAACCAAUACAAAAGCAACCCGCCAGAAAUUUCCAAGGACCAAAUACCAUCCUCGGAAUGGGAUUGCGCUAUAUGCCAGGCCAAAUGUAACUCUGAACCUCAAAUCGAGCAUCACUGUAGAAGUGGAAAGCAUGAACAAAAGAUUGAUGUGACACUCCACGAAGGUGAUAUUACCGAAGUUAGCAGUCUCAUUGCAGCCCCAUGCAAAGAAGGCAAUAAUAGCCAUAUGGGCAUUGCGCCACGGGAAGCAAAAUCAGACGAGAGCAAUGUGUCGCAGCAUGCAGAGAAGCCACCUUCAGUAUGGGGUUGCAGUGAUUGCCAAGUUAUCUGUGGUCGCGAAUCAGAUUUUGAGGUCCACCUGAAGGGUGAAAGGCACUUAAAGAAGAUUGGAGCCCUGCUCGAAGAAAGCAAGACCAUGGCGAUAUCCGAGUCACAGAAAGCAAACUUGUACCCGGACAGCGUGCUGCAGCAUGCGGAGAAAAUGAAUUGUGAAUUAGACUUGGAGAACAACCUCAGAGAUGAGGGACACCAACUAAAUGUUCGCUCCCCUUGCAAAGAAAACAGCCAAAUGAAAAACAAUCCUCCAGAAAUUGUCAACGACCAAGAACCACCCUCAGAAUGGGAUUGUGCUAUGUGUCAGGAAAAAUGUAACUCUGAAUCUCAGAUUGAGCAUCAUUGUGAAAGCAGAAGGAAUCAAGAGAAGACCCACGUGAUACUCCGCAAAGGCGAUAUUGCGAUAGUGAACAGUCUCCACAUCACAGCCUCAUGCAAGGAAGGCGAUAACAGCACGGGCAUUACACCACAGGAAGCAAAAUCAGACGAAAACAAUGUGCAGCAGCAUGCAGAGAAGCCACCUCCGGCAUGGGAUUGCAGCGUUUGCCAACUUACGUGUAACCGCGAAUCGGAUUUGGUGUUCCACCUAAACGGUAAAAGGCACUUAAAGAAGUUUCGGGCCCUACUCGAAGAAAGCAAGAAUAAGGCAAUGAAUUCUGAGUCACAGACAAUAAACUGGAACCAGGACAGUGUGCCGCAACAUGCGGAUAAAACAAAUUGCAAACCAAACUGGGAGAGCUACCUUGGACUCGGAGACGAGACACACCAACUCAAUGUUCAGGCCAUCGGCGAAGCAAUCAACCAAGAUAAAAACAGUCCGUCAAAAAAAGACCAGAUACUGCCCUCAGAAUGGAACUGCGCUAUGUGCCAGGCCAAAUGUAACUCAAAAGCUCAAUUUGAGCAUCACUGCACAAGCAGAAAGCAUCAGCAGAAGAUCCAGGUUAUACUUGGCGAAGGUGGUAUUGCAAAAGUAAGCAGUCUCCACAUGGAAGCAUCAUGCAAAGAAGGCAGUAACAACGAUAUGGUGAACAGCGUUGUGUCACAGGAUGCAAAAUCGCCUGAGAAAAAUGUGCCACAGCAUGCAGAGAAGCCACCUUUAGUAGGUUGCAGCAUUUGCCGAGUUAUCUGUGGCCGCGAAUCAGACCUAGAGGUCCACCUGAAGGGUAAAAGGCACUUAAAGAAGAUUCGAGCUCUAUUCGAAGAAAGCAAUAAGGCAAUCAAUUCUGAGUCUCUGAAAGCAAACUUGAACCUGGACAGCGGGCCGCUUAAUGUGAAGAAAAUGAAUUGUGACUUAGACUCGGAGAACCACCUCAGAGAUGAAAGACACCAAGAGGAAAACAGUCCACCAGAAAUUUCCCAAGACCAAACACCAUCCUCGGAAUGGGAUUGUGUUAUGUGCCAGGCCAAAUGCAUCUCUAAAGCCCAUUUCGAGAAUCACUGCAUAAGCAGAAAGCAUCAACAGAGGACCCAGGUGAUACAAAGCGAAGGUGAUAUCACGAAAACGGGCAGGACCCAUGUGGUACUCAGCGAAGGCGAUAUCACGAAAAUGGGCAAUCUCCACAUGGAAGCGUCAUGCAAAGAAGGUGGUAACAACGAUAUGGCAAAGGACUUUGGGUCACAGGAAGUAAAAUCGCAUGAGAGCGAUGUGCCAGAGCACGAGUCACCUUCAGUACAGGGUUGCAGCAUUUGCCAAGGUAUCUGUAACUGCAAAUCAGACUUAGAUAUCCACCUGAUGAGUACAAGAAUCCGAGCUGUCGCAGAAAAAUGCAAGAACACGGCAAUGAGUUCUGAGUCACAGAAAGCAAAGUUGAAUCCAAAUGACGUGCCACAACAUGUAGAGGAAACGAGUUGCAAAUUAAACUGGGAGAGCUACCCCAGACUCGGAAACGAGAAUCUCCAACUGAUGGAUGAUCAGGCCCUUUUUGAAAAAAUCAACCAAGAUAAUAACAAUGCACCAGAAAUUGCCAAGGACCAAAUACCAUCCUCAGAAUGAGAUUGCACUACAUGCCAGGCCAAAUGUAAUUCUAGGGCUCAAUUUGAGAAUCACUGCAUGAGCAGAAAGCAUCAAAGGAAGGCCCAGGUGAUGCUUGCCAGAGGCAAUUUGUCGUAAACAGGUCGUGUCGAGACCGCGGAUGAACUACCUUCAGAUCAGAUGGCUCGAAUGGCAAUGAUGAGCUUCCUUUGGAUGGCUCAGGUAGCAAGAAUGAAUUGCCUUGGGAGAAAGUGGAGUGAAAAAGGCAUUGAACCUUUGAGAGGUCUGCCAUCUGCAGUGCAACAUCUGUAGAACGCUGGAACAUCGCCGUGUGGGAAGCUAUCCGAAGCUAGGGCUUGUGUUCGUGUAUGCAGGUGUAUGGUUGUUAGGGGAAGUUGCAAACAUGAUGUAUGUACAUUCAUUCAAAUCUAAUGGUGUCCAUUUCAGGACAAACUGCUGACUGGUUUCCUGUUUUAAUUUUCAAUGAUUCAUGUCAUGUGAUGAUCAAGUAUACAUACUGUACGAUCCAGCAGUUUGCUAUGUCUUUACUGAGAUCAGAAGAU